AUGUCUGACACUGAGGAAGUGGUUGAGGAGUACGAGGAGUAGGUUUAUGCUUUUUUCCCCCUUUUCAUAGGAUUGUAUCUUGUUAUCUCAGUUGAAAAAAUGCACAAAAGGGAUCUUAAGUGUAGGAAAAAUACACAAUGCAUACCUACUGUCUUCAAGAAGAGACAUUUCUUCACAUGUGUUGUCAUGAAUCUGACAAAUGGAAGUCUUUCCCAUAUCAGAAGAAUAACAUAUGAACAUGUUUGCAUUUUACAGGGUGGUGGAAGGUAAGGACUCUCCCCUUAUGACUCACUGUAUACUGACAGAUACGGUCUACUGUAUAAACUCACUGAAUGCAUGCUUUGACAGAUGUAUUCUCUGACUUAUCCAGUGGGUCUAACAUACUAACCAGUGCUUUAAAGAGGCUACUCCACACAGUAGCCUUCAAAUGUAAGUAUUUUCUUUAGGUCAUGUCAGAUUGAUCUAUUAAUCUAAUGUUAAAGCUUAACCUUGACUAAACUCACUAUACAGCACUCAUUAUUGACAGUCUUAUGUACAAAUGAAGAUUUCUUUAGCUGGUUGUGACUAAUUUCUUCUGUAAAAGUUAUGACAAGUGAUUUAUUUGACUAUUAAGAGAAGGCAGAUUGGAUUAUCAUGUUAAAAAUCUAUUUUUAAAAGGGUUAUAUAUGUGCGAGGAUGAAUUAACAAAGAUUUGAAGUACCACUUUGUCCACAAGGUGUCACUGAAUUCAAUACUGACCAAAAGAUCUAAAAUGUGCUUUUAUAACUACUUUAAAAAGUUUCCAAAGUCUUUCCUUUUCAGUCAAAUGUAAGUAAAUUCCACAGGAUGUGAAGUAUAAUAACUCCAGAUUUUGAUGGGGACUUCCUCUUCCUUGUAGUUACUUGAUGUUUCUCACGAUGUGUUUCCUUCUUUUGUGUAUUUUCCUGCCUGUGUGAUUCAGAAGAGGAGGCUGCUGAAGGUAAGUCAACCUAACAGGACAGCUGUGGUCUUAACAUCUCUUCAUGAAAGCCUUAAUGACUGAGAAAUGACUGAGCUUUGGUCAGGUGUCAGUAUGACACAUGAAAUACAUUUAACCAAAGCAACAGGUGGAGUCACAACUUGGACAACGUGCAUGUGGUUACAAAAGGAGGCUAUGGCUGAUAUUCAUGUAUCAUGGAUCAGUCAUGCUAUGAAACAUUUCUUUCUUUCUUUCUUUCUUUCUUUCUUUCUUUCUUUCUUUCUUUCUUUCUUUCUUUCUUUCUUUCUUUCUUUCUUUCUUUCUUUCUUUCACGUCUCUGUCUCUUUCUUGCAUGAAUAAUGCUGGCUGGCUUUGGCUGACCCACUCCAUGCUUCUGCUCAGCAGGGGAGCAGGGGGUUGAGGAGGAGGUAGAGGAGGAGGUAGAGGAGGCGCAGCAGGAGGAGACAGAGGAGGGGGCUGUGGAAGGUACUGCUUGUGCUCUGAGCUGGAAGCUUUUUUUUUUUUUUUUUCUUUUUCAAAAUAUUCCACUGACAUUAAAUUAGGCUGCUUUUGUGGACACAGUUCCAGAUAGGAGUUUUUCCCUGUAACAACCUGACAUGAACUUCACUGUUCAUGCACUGUGACUGACUGGGCAUAAUAUGAUAACACAAAAUCUUACUCAAACAAUCAAAGUGAAUGUUUUUAUUGGCCGUUUAAUAACUUAUAGUCACUCUGAAUGGUCUCAAGCCUCUUCAUAACAAACAUGGUGAAGUGAGAAGAAAAAUAAAAUGUGUUUCUAAUUUAAUGAACUGUUCAAAAAAAGCAUACACUCUUUACUCAUCAUUUUAGUUGAUAUACUUUUCAACAUUAACGGGUUUAUGCAUUACUUUUUAGACUAGACUAGAAGAAAUCAUAGUGCUCAUAUUUCAGUGGCUUACACAGUGUCUCUAAAAAUGUCAACAAUUAAGUCUUACUCUAUAAAAGAUAAAACGUGUGCAUGUACAUUGACUUAACUGGCCAAUAAAUUUGACUUUUUUGAGACAAUAUAUUCAUAAUUUAUUCACCUUUUUCUUCUCCACUUAAGUCCACUAUCAAGAAUGAAUGUCUCUACUUAAAAAGCAGCUGUGUCCACAAAGUCAGUUUGAACUUUCUGUCAGAAAUGGAGAUAUUUAAGAGAGUGAUUACUUGUGUGGGGAUAAUCUUCCCCAUUUACCAAAUCAUGACUGAGCUACUCAUUAACUUGUGGAUGUUGUUUUAACUUCAAGUGAAUGUUUUAUCUCGUGUUUUAGUGUCAAAGUUGGGAACUUGUGCUCUUAUCGCUUCUGUCUGACUCUACACACACACACACACACACACACACACACACACACACAAAUAAACACACACCACUUUACAAGCUCUUGAGUGCUGUCUGCCUAAAAUACCAGAGUUGGGUAGCUCACUCUGAACAGAUCUCUUGUUAUCUCUCUGCACUGUUGUCUAUUCUCUGGAACAGAGGGUUAGUCCACUCUCAACUCACACAGAGCAGAGUCAUGUCCGAGAAGUUGGGACAAACUCCAGGCUUAGCAAGAAAAAGGGCGUAAGCAUAUUUCACUGGAAUAAACAGCUGUUCACAUAUCUUGUUCCUCUCAUCAUGAACUUUUGAAAAGUGACAGGGAGCUGACAAAGAACACUGAUCCUUUAUCACAUUUACACCCAGUGAGUGUACAGAUUUGUCACUGAUAAAUCACUUUUCUCUGUAUGUCUUCCUCUGCUAGAGGAAACACAUGAAGAGGGAGAACCACCUGCAGAGGAGGAGGAGGCCAAUGAAGAACAAGGUGAGGGCUCAGGAGUGAAAAUCAUUGUUGUUAUGUUCUUCUGGAUAUUUUGUUGCUGUGUUAACCGUUACCAAGCAAGACAUCAUCAAGGUGUCUGACUGUCUAAAAAUUAAUCACCAUAUGACAGUGACGGAAAAUGAUCUGCUAUCUCAGAAACAUGUCACUUUGGUAUGUGACAGUCUGGAGCUGCUUGAUAAGUUUUGUUCCGCUCUGUAGCUGUCUUAGUCACAGUAGACACAGACACUGACACUGAGAAUAAUCCUCAGGCCUUCCCGUCACUCCCAGCCCUCAGGUUUCAGCUGAUUAGUCACAAUUAGUGAUUAGCUGUUAAGCUUCAUUUACAAUAUUGAGGUGUUUCUUUACCAAAGCUAUGAGCCAAUCAGAGCAGGAGGAAUAUUAGUCAGAUUCAGACACAUCUUUAUGUCUUGUUUUUGCCCAGUCAACGCCCAUUUAGACUCCUGUGAUCUGUCACCUGGUGUGUCAUAGACAAUGGACAGGUUCAUUUUCUCACUGCAGAACUGGUCUGUGAAUGCAGCACCCUCUGUAGAGUUUUAAAAUCAAACACCACUUUAGCUUAGCUUAAAAUACCUCUAUAACUGUUUGAUGGUUUGCCAUAAAUCGCCUUUUCCAGACAUGCAUGUUCCCAAAAGGAUGAACCCUAAUGAAAUCAGUGCCACUGCUCUGCUUAUAGAAUGAAAAUCUCUACAUUUAGCAGAUAGACUAAAACAACAUUUUGAAUCCUCAGAGGAUGUCCCCAACUUACUUUGAUUAUUUGUAAUUAGCUACACCAUCAGGUUAAAAAAAAAAAAAAAGCGUUGUAUUAGGGCUGGGCGAUAAACCAAAAAUUUACAGAUACCGAAAUUUCAACAAUAACCAACGUCAUUUUGCCCAUAUCCGUGUAUUUGGUGUCAAAAAAAGUAAAUGAAUAAAAGUUGGUUUUGGAUGUGUGUAGGUAGGCGAUGGUCUGCUGUCCCUUUAACCCUAAAAACACAAUAGCUAAAACUAGUAACAACAUCAACAUCACUGUCGCCGGGUGAUUUUAACCCUAAAAAAUACAACCAAGAAAAAGAACUUGUCAUCAAAAUAUAUCAAAAUAGCACAUUACAUGACAAAUUAAAGUAGUUUUCUUUUUUAACUGUGCAGUGUCCAAAGGGAGGGGAAAAGUGUCAUGAGGGGACCAUGUAAAAAUGCAACAAAAUAACUGAAAUUAGGCAUUCAUGAACAAAAAAUUCCCAAAGAAAAAAAAAUAUAGAAACUGUAAACUAAGUUUCUCUUCCACCCAUUCUUGGGGCAUGUGAGUCUUCCCUGGUGAAGACUCAGGAUCCUUGGCACAAUAACAGCUGCAGGAGAGAGAACCAAAAUAUGGCAUAUUUGGAGUGAGUAAAAAUGACCGGCUGACUCAAAUAUUUCUUAUCACAAUAUGAAUUCCCUUGAAAAUCACCACUUUGUGAUAGUAAUACAUAACCACUGCGCUAAAUAAAGACAGCAUGCAAAUUCCAGGACCACUCUUAAUGACCUUAUUCACCUACAUGCAGCUAUCAAAUCCACCCAAACCUACUUACCCUCUAUUACUAUUGCCGGGUGAGAAUCACCUGAACACGUGCCUGUAGGAAAAAGCAGGUUUUGGAUCAGGGAAACAAAUAUGCCUUCAAAGAUGUCAAAGGCAAUACUGAAGCUACCCAAAGACCCAUGAUACUCAGACAAACGCAACAUAAUGAAAAUUACUUAAACACGUUUUAGUCGGGCGAAAAUCCCCCGGUGAUAGUGUUGUUGGGCUAAGACGCUGUCCUAUGUCAGAAACGUGACUCCACCCCAUCCAAUCCAUAACAAAGUAGGAAAGUUAGGUGAGGAGAUGGAGGACGGCUCAAAAAUUGGAGCGGCGGCUGAAGUUGGCAAAGUUAAUGUGGGAAGGGGUGAGCAGCUGGUGGAGUAGUUAUCGUCCAUUUAUCAUUGUCGAGGUGAACUGCUAGAUAUAUUGUGAUAUUUUUUGAGGCCAUAUCGCCCAGCCCUACUUCCUAUUACAGUCCAUGCUGUUGAACAUUCUACAAGCUACCACACUAACACUAUGUCAUUAUAAGCACAUAUGUAUAAGCUGACAUUAGCAUGAAGCUCAAAGUAUGAUACACCUAAUUAUAGCUUCACCCUGCAGCAAGCCAAGAGGGGCUGCAGUCUAUAGUCUCAGUUACAUAAAGAAAAUAACACCUGUAGGAUCCUGCCCUCCCCUGUUACUGAAACACUAAAGUUAAAGCUUUAGCUGCCUUUGUCAGUUUUUGUGUGAGUGUCACAUGGAGGUCACACAUGCCUUACCUUCUUCGGUGAGAAACUGCUUAUUAUCAAGUCUGUUCUCUCCAGCCAGCUGCCUCCACCCCUCCAGGAUGCUAUUUUAGAGACAUGACACAUGCAACACUUUCAACACAGAUAAGCCAACAUGUCUUUCACAAUCUUCAGUUUUGGUCUUUGUCUACUUUAAAAAGACUGGUAUAUCAUUCAGUCUAUCUUCACCCCUGAAACACUGCUAUUCAACUCCCUAUAAAUGCAUAUUUAUUUAACCCACUUGCAUAAUCAAACAUCUCAAGUCUCUGGUUUUGGUUUCAGAUGGAGAAGAAGAAGAAGGGGACGCAGAGGAGGGAGAAGGUAACCCUGUUUAUCUCAACUGCUUCAAAGUCGCUGCUGGCACACCUCAGAUCUGUGUUUGUUUUGGAUGGCUCAUCUUUAGCUUUAAUCACACCAGAAUUAGCCUUGGAUGAACUUUCUGCUGAGUUGAACUGGAUUUCCUGUUGUUCUGGGCACACACACACUUGCACACACACAUAGACUCUAUUGUAAUAAUCCGCUGGUGUUUUCUGGUGGGAUUGUGAAACUUAAUUGCUAUUUUUGGUGAGACAGUGUGAGGUCUGAAGAGCUAACCGAUGUCUCCUCUUUUUAAUGUGUAUUUUCUUUGUCAACAGAAGAGGAGGCCAAACCUAAAACCAAGUGAGUGACAUAAGAGUAACCUGCACACAUACACACACCUUUACACAAUAGGCAUAUUCUUCUACACCACUGUUGUGGAAACCAAAUAUGUAUUGUUUGGCUGAUUCUACUCCAGAAAUGGAAAGCCUUUGGAUUAAAUAAUAUGUGAUGUGUUAUAUCAGGGAUUAGCUAGCUGCUUAGCUUGGCAUAAAAGUUUUGAAGCAGUAAGAAAGAGAUAAGGAAGCUCUGUGUGAGGAACACAAAACCUUCUCAUACCAGCCGAGACAAUCUUGUUUAUUCUAUCUGUACAAAGUGGAGGAACAUGACUCAUUGUUUAUAGUUUUUCUAGUUCUGGUCAGUGACUUUUGUUUCAUUUGGACAGAGAUUACUGCGGUUUGAGAUUAUUCAGGCACUUCUAGGCAAAAGGUGUCAAAAUGGCACCCUUCAACAGAGUCAAAAUUUAAAAUAAUCUCAAAGUAACAUGAGCAUAUUAGUAGGGUUACAUCCAAAAUACCUCUAUGCAAAAAAAGGAGAAAAAUCUUUGAUAUCCCAGGACUUAUUUGACUUUCUGAACUUGUCUUUGGCUUUUUUUAAGUAAUAUUAAAAAAGCAGUUUGUGUUUACAUAUGUUACAUAGUGAGUGGUAUGUUUAAGGUUGAAGGACAGCAGAAGAGGUUUUUAGUGUGACAGUAUUACUUACAUGUGCAGGUCAGGUCAAGAUCAGCAUUGAGGAAAAGCACACCGUUGUGUUCACAGGGGGCGCCAAAGUCACAGAUAUAAGUUCUUUGGAGUGUUUUUCAACUUCCUUUUGAUUUAUUUAUUUUUUUUAAUUUCAAAGCUGGUUAAAAAAAACAAAAACAAAACACACACACACAACAUAUAAGUAUAAAUGUGUAAAGGAGCUACUUUCAAGCAUUUGUGACAGGCACAGACAUGAAAACACUGGAAGGGCCUUUAGUCCACAAGACAAACCUGCUGACUGGGUUUCAUCCUCAAUUGACAUCAAAAGUAAUUCAUGUUUAUUUUUUAACCCCCAUUUCUACCUUGCUUUUAAAAAAAAUCUUUUUCCAAUGUUCAGGCCGUUUAUCAUGCCCAACCUCAUCCCUCCAAAGAUCCCAGAUGGAGAGAAAGUGGAUUUUGACGUGAGUACAGACUGGGAAUCAUUAAAAUGCACACUGUGCUUUUGCCUCCAGCUCGGGGCCCUCGUUCUUUUGAUCUUGUGUUAACAACUUUCUCUAGACAAGAUGUCCCUUUUAGUCAUGAAAGACAUUAAAUUCUCCUUGGAACUGUAUGUAUCUGCAUUAUGGAAUGGAAAUGAAGUAAGAUUGGCUCAUACCCUUGUUUUGUUAGGAUAUACAUCGUAAGAGGAUGGAGAAGGACCUGAUGGAGCUCCAGACAUUGAUCGAGGCUCACUUUGAGAGCAGGAAGAAGGAAGAAGAUGAGCUUGUUAAUCUCAAAGAGAGGAUUGUGAGACUUUAGCAAUACAGCCUCUAAAAAAUUAAUGUAUUUGCGCUGACAUAUCAGUAAGAUCUGCAAAAAUGUAUUUGUUGAACAGGAGAAACGUCGGUCUGAGCGAGCAGAGCAGCAAAGAAUCCGCAGCGAAAGGGAUAAGGAGCGACAAAAGCGUCUUGAGGUAGUGUCAUACUCAUGCUGUGGUGGAUGGAGUUUGCGUUGCUUGUACACUGAGCCUCUAUUGGAUCUGUUUCCUCAGGAUGAGAGAGCACGUAAAGAAGAGGAGGAGGCCAAGAAGAGAGCUGAGGAUGAUGCUAAGAAGAAGAAAACUCUCACAAGUCUCCACUUUGGAGGCUACAUGCAGAAGUUGGUGAGCAAGUGAAGAGUUAUUGGUUGGAGGUUUGUCAAGAGGUUAAAAUAAGAAGGAUAUAGACCAAUAAAUGUUAUAUUCUUCUGCCCUUAGACUGAAAAACGCAGCGGUAAGAGGCAGACUGAGAGGGAGAAGAAGAAGAAGAUCCUCAGUGACAGACGCAAAUCUCUGGAUAUUGAAAACUUGAGCCAGGAUAAACUCAAGUAAGUGGAGUUUUAUUGACUCACAAGGAACAGAUGAUUAUUCUGUUAAAAAACAUGAAAAUAAUACCUCAACAUCAGAGUCUUAUUUUUCUGAUGCUGUGUCUCACAGGGAGAAAGCUACAGAGCUGUGGGAGUGGAUGUAUCAGCUGGAGGCAGAAAAGUUUGAACUGCAGUACCAGUUUGGCAGACAGAGAUAUGAGGUGUGUGCGUGGCUCAAAACAACAGUUUACAAGCAGAUCUUUUAAAGCUGAUAGAGGCUGAUAAAGCUGAUUUAAUCUGUACUUUGUUCCAGAUAAAUGUGCUGAGGAACCGUGUCAGUGACCAUCAGAAAACGUAAGAAAUGAGAUCUGAAUCUUUUUUUCCUUUUCCUGAUGCUACUCAUCCUUUCCUUACAGAUUAAAUACCCCACUAGAGGUCUGUUGAAAUUUCAUCACCACAUCAGUAUUUCUACAUAAUAAACUAAAUACAAAAUAAUUAAAGUAAUAUAUAACAAGAAAAGCACAGGAAAUAGCAAAAGGUUGUUUCAUGUCAAGAUAAAUAGGGUCAUUAAAUAGGGUUUGACCUUAGAAACAAUCCUAAGAUUGUACAAAAAUAGACUAAAUUGAUUGACUUUAUUAAUAAUUACUCAGAUUGAAAUCUACUUAACUUAUCAAACCAAGAAUUUUUAAAGUUUCUUACCUAGUAUCCAAAGCUUUUUCAGGACCACAACAAGCGUCCAUGGGCCGUGUUUUUAUGAAUUUGGUUUCAGAAACCAAAGGCUCCCUUUGACGUGCUUGAGACAUUCAGUGGUGUUGUAAAAAGUUAGUGUCCAUGUCUUCUAUAGGUAAAGCUAGACAGGAUGCAACAUUUCCUAAAAAAGGACCUUAAGGGGCAAAUUUAAAUAUAAAUAUAAAUAUUAAAGGGCCAGGAAAAGAACCCUGAGGGACUCCUCAAGAAAGUCAUCCAAGCUAACAAAAAAAAAACAUAUUUUAGACCUUGAACAAUCAGAAAAUAAUUAGUUAAGGUCAUCAAAACGCUCAUAUAUUAAAAAUAUGCAAUAAUAAUAUAAGAUUUUUUUUUUCAAAGCUUGCUUUACAAAAACUGAUUAUAGUUUAGAAAUUGAUCGCUGUCACAUGUUUGAAAAUCGAACAGGUUGAGAAAGCUCCAAAUCCAGGAAUCAUUUCACUGCUGCUCUUUUCUUCAACUGCAAGCAAGCCACAUUUUCUCAGCCAUUGUGCUAAAAAGUUGUUCAGAUUCUUUGUCUCUGGUUGUCAAAGGUUAGAAUGCCUUUCAGUUUCUAUGCACUGACCUUUUACUUCACCUUAACAAAGAGUUGCAUAACUAGAGUGAUAUGUCAAAGCCCAUUUUAAGGUCAAAACAGCCCAGCAUCCUUCACAAACAGCCCAGCUUUUACUUUAGUCAUCUUUAAAAGCUCUUGAGCCCCCUGGAGGCUAGCUUUGAGAGCUGGCGGUGUGACUGGGUGUGUCAGGUAGUCAGGUCAGUUGUCAAACGAUUUACAGACACCCUGAAUGACUGCUUAAAAGUCUGUGUGACGAUUGCCUUUGCUUUUUUUGGACGACGGAGGAAUCUGCAGCCUCAUAAUGUCUGCUAGUUUGUCAGUCUCAGACAAGUAGUGCCAGAGUUUUUUUUGCCUCAUGUGACCUUCGUUUUCUUUUAACAGAUCCAAGAGGACCAAGAGGGGUCUCAGAAAAUAG